AUAAAAACAGGCGGGUGGUGUUUCUUUUCUGUUUUCAAAAAUAAAGCUUGGUACUAAUAAAAAUAGCUACGGAAAGGAUUCAGAUGACUACAAAACGUCGUACACUUGUCCACUGGUUCCGCAAGGGACUUCGUGUUCACGACAACCCUGCGCUGUACCAGAUAUUUAAUGUAGCUCGAGAGUCGCCUGAAAAGUUCUGCGUUCGACCCAUAUUCAUAUUAGAUCCUGGUAUCUUGGAUUGGAUGCAAGUGGGCGCCAACCGUUGGCGUUUUCUUCAACAAUCCCUCGCCGACUUGGAUAAAAAGCUCAAGGAACUUAAUUCGCGCCUAUAUAUUGUUCGCGGCAAGCCCGUUGAUAUUUUUCCUGAGCUGUUCGAGCGUUGGAACGUCCAGCUACUGACAUAUGAAUCAGAUAUUGAACCGUACGCCCUGCAGCGUGAUACGACGGUACAAAAGAUAGCUUCGGAGCAUGGAGUGAAAGUGGAUACCCAUUGCUCGCACACUAUUUAUAAUCCAGAGCUGGUUAUAGCCAAAAAUUUUGGUAAAGCGCCUGUUACCUACCAGAAGUUCUUGGGAAUUGUCGACAAGCUGAAGUUGCCCAAAGUGCUGGGUGUUCCGGAGGGCCUGCCGGAUGGAAUGAAACCAAUAGCAGAUGAAUUUGAAGCGAUCGAUUCAAGCGUCUAUGACUGUCCAACGUUAGAUCAGUUAGUCAAGCGGCCCCAGGAACUCGGCAUCAACAAAUUUCCGGGCGGUGAAACAGAGGCACUGCGUCGCAUGGAAGCAUCGCUCAUUGACGAGAAUUGGGUGGCAGCUUUUGAGAAGCCGAACACGGCACCAAACUCGCUUGAGCCAAGCACUACGGUGCUCAGUCCAUAUUUAAAAUUCGGCUGCCUAAGUGCGCGGCUAUUGCACAAUCGGCUUAAAGAGAUUCUCGUACGGAAGCCAAAGCAUUCCAAGCCGCCCGUUUCACUUGUCGGUCAGCUGUUGUGGCGCGAAUUUUAUUAUACGGUAGCCGCAGCUGAUCCCAAUUUCGACCGUAUGCUGGGCAAUGCUUACUGCCUGCAAAUACCCUGGCAAAAGCAACCUGAUCAUCUGGAGGCCUGGACGCACGGACGUACUGGGUAUCCCUUUAUCGAUGCCAUCAUGCGCCAGCUUCGGCAAGAGGGCUGGAUACAUCACUUGGCGCGUCAUGCGGUUGCUUGUUUUUUGACGCGUGGCGAUUUGUGGAUCAGCUGGGAGGAUGGGCAGCGGGUCUUUGAGCAGCUGCUUCUUGACCAGGACUGGGCAUUAAAUGCAGGAAACUGGAUGUGGCUCUCAGCUUCCGCAUUCUUUCACCAAUAUUUUCGUGUUUACAGUCCUGUAGCGUUUGGAAAGAAAACUGAUCCCACUGGCGCCUAUAUAAGGAAAUACGUCCCGGAACUGGCUAAAUAUCCAGCGGGAUGUAUCUACGAGCCAUGGAAAGCAACACUUAGCGCACAGCGUGAUUACGGAUGUGUGCUUGGCGUUGAUUAUCCACAUCGAAUUGUCAAUCACGAUAUCGUCCACAAGGAAAACAUAAAACGCAUGAGCGCCGCCUACAAGGUGAAUCGUGAAGUGCGCACCGGCAAACAGGAGGAUCAAAAUGAUCACGAGCCGUCGACGUCGCAAUCCACUGGGAAGCGCAAAGCAAGUUCGGGAGCAAAUAAAUCGGCUGCAAAGCGCAGACGUUGACUAUCAUCGAUAUGAUAACGAUCACUAGCUAGCAAAGUCUACAUAUCCUUGAUAUUAUAUAGCAGAUGUUAGGUGUACUUCAAAUGGGUGUACUCUUAAAUCAGAUAUGUGAUCAUGUGAUAUGAUAAGGUUUCAUAAUGGUUUAUAAACAAGACCUCAAUUUACGAGUGAUCGUUCGUAUGGCAGCUAUAUGAUAUAGUGGCUCGAUCCGAUAUACAUACUGACAGAAUAGUUUGAAAAGAAAUAGUUAGGUGGUACUGAUCAAAAAUGUGUCUAGUAUAUGGGGUCGCAGAUGUCUUAUUUCGUGACAAAGAAUACCCCCUUCAAGAGGAUAACCGCGAUAAUUGAAAACCAGAUCGCAAUAGUUUCAUAAUCAAUAGUAUCAAGUAAUCUUUAUCAUAAUCUAUUCGUAGAUUUCAAAACCCUUCACAAGUUUCUCUUUACCACAGCUGAACUUUGAUCGAAUGGAGUGUACUAUAUUGUUAAAUUUAAGGAAACGGAGACAUCUUUUAAGAAAAGAUUAUAAAUAUGUAAGUAUGUCUUUUAUCUAGCUAUAUUCUUGAAAGGAUAGUUAGUCUAUAGCGCUGUUGUAUAUUUUUUUCAUUAAAUGUAACCUUCACAUUUUUCAUGGAUAUACAUAACUAUUUCAUGUUUUUAAACUCAAAGUAGCCGGUGAAAUUUACACCAUUUUCUCUUGUUGGAUGCUGGUUCUAAAGCAUAUUCUCACUUCAGUCAUUACUUUCGGCAUAACAUGAGCUCGGGAUCCUAUUUCGAAGUAAAAUUGUAAUCUCAUAAUUUCUUGUUAUUCAGUGGAAAAGACUUUAUAAAAGAAUAUAUUGAAAAUGUUUCGGAAUCUAUGCAUGUUGCGCAAAAAUAUCCUCCUGUCCAGAAUUGUUUAUUCAAGCUACACAUUAAGGGCCAAUGGAGUCAUCAGCUCGAAGCUUCCAUCUAAGACGAUGACAACCGAGUCCCGGAGUAAUGGCAUUUCAGUUACCGACAUUGAUAUAUGCGAUCUG